AUGGUAGUUACCAGGAAUGACCCAAAGGAAAAGGCAGCAUUGCAGCACCACUUGGCAAGUGAGUUUGAAAUGAAAGAUCUUAGUGCUCUGAAGUAUUUCUUAGGCAUCGAAGUGGCUCAUUCAAAACAAGGAAUAUUUCUAUCACAACGGAAAUAUAUCCUUGACAUUUUGACUGACACUGGAAUGUUAGCCAGCAAACCAGCAGAUACGCCAAUGGAGUUGAAUCAUCAGCUUGAUGAAUAUCCUGAUCAGGUACCCACCAACAAAGGAAGAUAUCAACGUCUUGUGGGUGGGUUAAUCUAUCUUGGACAUACUAGACCUGAUAUAGCAUAUGCCGUAAGUGUGGUGAGUCAGUUCAUGCAUGCACCAAGUGAAGCCCACAUGGAUGCGGUAAACCGAAUUCUAAGAUACUUGAAGUCAUCUCCUGGAAGAGGAUUGAUGUUCGCAUGA